AUGGAGUUAAUGUCCAGCUACCUUAUUAGCCUUCUUCUCUUCUCGUUCUUAGUCCUUUCUCCCAGAGCCUUCGCCACCGAGGUUACCGACACGCUCGGCAAGGGCCAGAAUGUCACCGACGGCGAGACACUCGUCUCAGCCGGUGGGUCAUUCACCCUGGGGUUCUUCUCUCCCGGGGUGGCUGCCAAGAGAUAUCUUGGUAUAUGGUUCACCCUGUCUGAGGACGUCGUCUGUUGGGUAGCCAACAGUGAAAGGCCUCUCAGUGACUCUUAUGGGGCGUUGGUGAUUAGUGCCAUGGGAAGCCUCCUCCUGCUGGAUAGCUCCGGUCAAGUCGUGUGGUCUUCAAACACAACGGGUAUUGGCUCCACAUCUGUGCAACUGCUCGAGUCUGGCAAUCUAGUCGUGAGUGACGAAAGCGGGGGUGCUGCCAUGUGGCAGUCAUUCGACCACCUGUCGAACACACAGCUUCCCGGAACCAAGAUCGGCAAGAACCUGUGGACCGGUGCAGACUGGCAACUUACGUCGUGGCGUUCAGCAAAUGACCCUUCCGCAGGGAACUUUCGCUACAUGACCGAUGCAGAGGGCGUACCACAAAACAUUCUUUUGGAUGGUGAUCAAGUGAAAUACCGCACCGGACCAUGGAAUGGCCUAUGGUUCAGCGGUGUCACGGAGAUGGCCACAUAUUCUGACAUGUUCACCUACCUGUUGACAAGCACCCCAAGCGAGGUAACCUACGGUUAUGUCGCCAAGCCUGGAGCGCCCUUUUCACAUGUACUGCUCACUGACGACGGAGUAUUCCGGCACCUAGUGUGGGACCAUAGCAGCCGGAAGUGGAAGGUUUUCUUUCAAGGGCCGCGGGACAUCUGUGACCACUACGGGAAGUGCAGGGCAUUUGGUAUGUGCAACGCCAAUGCACCAUUGGCAUCAUUCUGCAGCUGCAUCAAGGGGUUCAGCCCGACGUCUCCUUUGCUGUGGAAGAUUGGGGACACCUCGAAAGGAUGCCGCCGAAACUUGAUGUUGGACUGUGGCAAUGGAGCUUCCACCACGGAUGGUUUCGUGGUGAUGGAGGGGGUGAAGCUUCCUGAUACACACAAUGCAUCGGUGGAUCCGAGCAUCACGUUGGAGGAAUGCAACACAAGGUGCCUGGCAAACUGUUCAUGCCUAGCCUAUGCAGCAUUGGAUAUACGGGGAGGAAGCGUUUGA